AUGUACAAAUUGUCAAACAAAACAACACUAAUACUUAAUGUGAUAAACAAUAAACAAAUCAGAUCCUUAUUUAAUCCAAGUGAUGGAAAAUUUAGGGUGAACAACCUCAGCAGGAAUGACAGUGCUGAAUAUAAAUUUGAAAUCAGUGACGGCAUAAAUAUCAAAGAGAAACGCGCUCUACGACUGACCAUUCAAGCUCCUGUGUCCUCUGUCCGGCUGGCCUCUGAGUGUCUGUCCCAGGGAGAGAAGAGGGUAUCCUGCUCCUCUGAGGGAGGGGACAGUCUUCAGUACAGCUGGACUCUGGAUGGACGCUCACUGACAGACACUGAGCUCCUCUCUGUAAAUACUGAGAAUAACAGCAUCACUCUGAAACAACACGUCUCUGGAGCAGUGGCCUGCUCCGUCGAGAAUAACGUCAGUCAGGUCUCUAAAGAAGAGGAGAUCUCUAACUGUGUAUUCAUUAACUGCUCCUCAAAUGGGACACAGAUAUCACAGUGGGUGUUUGCAGCCAACAAUACGCUGUGUGUUGAACAAACAACACCUCCUACCACCAUCUCAGAAUGCUCCACUGUGGCUGAUCACUCCCUGCUCGUAUGUGGUGUGCGGGCAGCUGUGGUGGUUUUUGCAUUAAUCGGGAUUGCCGUCUAUUUUGCUUGGAAGAACAAGGACUACAAGAAGGCUGAAGGUUCUGCUUACCGUCCAGAGAGGGAACAUCAAGAUGAGUCUGUUGUGAUGGUUGAGAUGUAAGGCAUCUGAAGUUCAACUCAGGUCGUCUCUCAUCGUCUUUAAGCAUGUGAAGAUAGGGAGUGGAAAUAAUCUUCUGUUUUUAUUCUAAAAUUAC